GAGACCCAACCUUGGCUCCACCUUCAGUCCGCCAUCGCAGUCCCGAAGUCAAAUCGCCUUCGAUAGAGGCCAGUUCUUUUCAGUCGCUGGUUUUCUGUGAAAGUUGUUUGCUUGUAGCGGCUCCUUUGAUUCUAGGCUUUACUCGCUAACAAUGGAAGAAUAUGAAAGCCCCAACGCCAAUGUUGACUUUUUCGACGAGUUCUUCUCUCAGCUGUCUCACAUCUUGAAAGACAAAGACGAGGAGACAUGCUACAAAGAAAUGUUCAGGAUCCUGGACGACAACAGAAAGGGAGCCAUACCCUGUGAGGACCUCAGGGGCAUCCUCAAGAGAUUACAGUCCCAAGUUCAGAUGACAGACCAGGAACUGGACGAACUGAUUGACGACAUUGAUAAGAACAAAGACGGCAAGGUGGACUUUUCAGAGUUUUACAAGUUUAUGUUGAAGGAAUGAAUGCUGAGCACCAAGAUCCAAGAGGCUAACAGAAUUCUUUCUUUUCUUCUUCACCACCAUCAGCUGUACAUCCUCAUUGUCAUCUCAUCCAUGUCAUCUAUCUAUGGCAUGCCAUCACAAAUGUCAUCGUCCGAAAUUAGCGUUUUGGAUCCCAAAGCCUAGAGUGACUUAGAGAUUUUGUGUUGAUUUGUAGUUUACACUUUUCGUUUUCACCUAGACGAAGGUAAUGAGAUCUAAACAAGAACGUAGCAACAGGACAGAAUGUUAGCCCCAGAUCAGUGGCGUUGACGAAACAUUACGAACAGGGGGGUUCAUGUUUCGCUCAAUACAGUCGAAAUAAAAAGGAAGCAUGGGAAUAGAUUUCUUCUUCUUCGAUUUCAAAUGGGAAAAAGACUUAACUCAAGAAUCAGACUGAUACAGCUCCACCACAUGUCAGUCUUAUGGAUUUAAGUCACACUUUUACUCGUGAGUGACCUUCGGGUGAAGUUAGGUUUGAGACAACGAGUCGUCAUGGUUUAGUAACAUCUAUUCAUCAGUAACAACAAAACGUUAUGUUGAGUAAUGUGUCGACAAUGGCUUUGCUAUGCUGAAUGCCUUUCCACUGAUACCAUCUUAACUUACGUGGCUGGCUGUAUGACGUGUGCUCUUUAAUUUUUGACAACUGAUAUAAUGAAUACUUUUGUACAUAUAUUUAUAUAAAAUGUCAAGGCAGUUAGCAUAGCAAAGCUAUUCAGUCCAUUCAAAAUGUCCAAUGGGUUUUUUUGAUGGACAUUUUUCAACUAUUGAAUAAGGACAACUAAAAAGUUUUUUUCUUUCUUUGGAACUAUUCUCGUGACAAUUGAAAUAUAAUUUCCAGAAAAAACAACUAGAACUAGUACCAAACUUUGGUAUCUGGGUAUUCCUGUGUUUUUUUUAAUCUACAGAAUUGUUACCAAAGAUUAUCACCUGCUAAUUGAAGAACUUGAAAAUUAUUCGAGCUGUAAUUCUUAGUUUGACGUAGUCUUAUAAUUGUUUGGUAGAUGUAAUGAAGUUUUGACUGUUAUUUUUUUUUUCACAAACAUGUCAGAGCAAAUGUCACAUGUCAUCUUGCCAUCAUACCUGAACCAUCGUGGUCUUACAUGUCAUCGUGAACAUCCCAAGGACUUUAUAUUCUUAUAUCCACUGUAUACUAUUGUGUGGACUCACAUGUUUACGUCAAAUGAAAUCAAAUUACAAAAUUGUUUCGCCCCCUGAAAUGUAGUUUCUUGAGUUUUAUUUUCUCUAAAGAAUCUGUAUUUGGAGUUUGUUUAUCAAUAAAUAGUUCAAGGUGUACAAGCGCA